AAGAAUUAGUCCAUUUUUUUUUCAUCUUUUGUAAUGAUUACCUCAAUAUAUAUCCCUUCUCUACCCCCGCAGUGCUCUAUACGAAUUUUCAUUUUUUAAAAAUUUUUCUUCUAUAGAAUGGAAUCGGAUUACCCAUUUUUAGAUAAUUACCUAUCGAUUUUUAACGUACCAGAACGAACCGCGCGGAAAUAAUCUUAAACGUAUUCUCGGCCAACUUGAAGUUCUUCAAAUCAUUCAUAAAUGCGUGUGCGGGAUAACGUAUCACUACCAUAUACUUUUUUUUAUAAAGUAUAGGUUUUAUUGUGGUUUCUCGAAUGUCACGUCUAAUUUCACAACGAUGAAACACCGGCUACACUGAUUUGUUUACUAUUGCGAGGAGUACUGCAUUCGUAGCUAAAGAUUUCACGGUCGCUGGCGUUUAAAGCAUGGGGAAUUCUUAUUAGAUUUUUAAGCUUGAUACUGUCUCCUCUCUUUGAUUCUUUUUUUCAUUAAAAAUUUGUGAGUUAUUUUCCUUCUAGUAGUUGAACUGAUGUAUGAUGUCACUUUUUUUUUGGUAUGAGCAUGACGUUAAAUAAUAAAGAAAUUGAAUUCUCACUUUUAUGAACCUACAAAAAGGGAUUUCAAUACAAAAUUUCGAUUUUUUAGUUCGAAAAAUUGCGAAAAACAUAGAGCGUCGAGACGCUCCGGCAGAUGAAUCGCGGGAUCAAUCCAUCAAAAUGUAACGACGCGACAGUUAACGAGCAUACCUAUAUCCGUCUCAUUCUAACAAGUAACAACACUAUCGGGCCUAUUGGACAUUUCGAACGCUCUCCGUCGCUGUGUUUGUUAAAAUAUUUUCCUGAGAUUUUUCGCGAACAUCGUCAUAUAUUUGACCUGUGAUAUCCUUUCCCGGGAUCAGAAGACGGUGCUAGUCAGUCGAUUUUCGUGUUUUCCGGGAUGAAAUACCCACGUGCAAGUCCGCAAUUUUGAUUCGUACCCAAACAAAGGACGACUCUCUACAGCCAUUCAUAUUGAUUUUCUGUGAUAAAGUGCUACAUAAAAACUUGUUGAUAUUCCCUUUCGCACUGUUUCUUAUAUUGUAAUAUUCCAGUUAUUCGCGGUAUUGUUUUAUAUAGUUAAAACCAGAAAUGAUUGCAAUUAAGAGUGAGUGGUUAUGAAAACAUCUAGUGCUUCAAUUUUUUGAUAUCCGGUCCAUUUAUUAUGGAAAUUUCGGACGAACCAUUGAAUCUUACACUGAAAAAAAUGCCGAUCGCGAUCGUAGCACCUUUUUCCGUUAUCGAAACGAACAAUAAAUUUAUCAAUAACAACGAAAUUAAUUUACCCGAUUUAAAUAAAUGUGAAGAUUUGCCUGAGGAUUUGUCUUUGAAGAAAAAUAACGAAGAAUGUUUAGAUUUAACAAAGAAUAAUAAUCAUACGGAACAGCUGAGAAAAUAUCUCUGUAAGAAUGAAGGGACUAGAAAUUCUUAUGAAAAAAACACGUUCAACGAUUAUUAUAAUAAUAAAUUAUCGCGCCGAGACAAUCCUCAAGAUAUUUAUAAUAAUUUGGACAAUAAUUUUCUAUCGAUGUGGUAUAUUAAUUCGUUUUUGAAUCAACAAAAUCCUUAUUUUAGUACCCCUCGACCGUAUCAACCGAAACCUAAUACUGAUCCUAAUUCCAACAAAAUUUUAAACAAUCUUUUAGAUAAAAAAACUGAUUCUUCAUAUAAAUUUCCAUCUAGUUUCGAUGCGUUGAUUAAAAACGAAAUGCAAAGUGAUAGUGAUGGUAAAAACAUAAAUAGAAGGUAAGAUUAAUGAGUAUUUUUCUAAAAUAAUUCAAAAGAAACGUGAAAAUAUGAGAAAAACAUGCAUGCUUUAUAUUCUGAUAUAAAACUGAUGUAAAAAAGUCUAUUACGUUUAGCGAAUAUAUCGUUUUCAAUAUAUGUUAGUCCCUAAUUUUGGAAACACUCAUAUAUAGCUAGUGACCAAAUUUGUCUGAGUUAUUGCACCUUGCAAUGAUGCAUCUGUGUCUGGGAUGGUUAUCCCACACUUUUGAAAAAAUUCCUCAAGCCUUUUUUAUUGUCUCAGUAAUUUUGGAACUAAAUUGACAUACUUUGCUCCUUUGCUAAUUUAAUUUUAAUAGCUUUGUCUUUCAUAUUUUCGUCAAUUCCUUCUUCCUCAUCUUCUUCUAUUCUGUGGUUGAUACAACAAUGCUUUCGUCGGCCAUCACCAUUCUCAUCAUAUGUCCGUACCAGAGCAGUUGCUUAGUCUAUAUUCUCUCUGAAACCGUGUAUACUCGUCGUAUAUCUUCAUUCCGUAUAUGCUCUGGAUUUUCUGCACGAUAUAGAGUCCAUUUCCGCAGCCAGCACUCAUAUCCAUACGUUAAAACAUUAUGACUUUGUAUAUUGUAAUUUUUGUUUUUAGGUUAAUUUUUCUGACCAUAACAAUGGGUUCAAAAUUUUUGUAGCUUUUUGCACUCUAUUUCUUAUAUCGUCUUUUGCAAAUAAAUAUUCAAAUUACAGCUUCGGAAUCAAAAAAUAUCAUUAGUAUGACCUCUUCGGCUGAAGUUUGUAUCUUGAAUAAUUUCGACGUUGGUGAACCUCGAUGUUUCCACUCAUUUCUCUGAAUUUUGGUGUUUACAUCAUUACUUAUCAUCCAUCUAUCCAUUGUGCAUUUUUUCCAUGUUGAGGUCGGUAGUGAUUAUAAUAUGAACCACAUGCUAUGAAAGACCACUAUCUUGAUUAAUUUAUCUAAUAGAUCAUCACACGACAUCAUGUACUUUUUGUUCAAGUGUGGCAGCGAUUGUGGAUGCUCUAUUUGCAUGUUCAUCUAUCACAUUUAUAUUCAAGAUAACGCCCUUUCACUAAGUCAUAUGAAAGUACCGAUUCUCCUGAUUGAUUCACAAAAUUUCUAUGAAUUUUUAUCGGGCUCAACCCUUUUAAACGCAAGUAUUUGAGCACUACACGUUGCUCGACAUCCUUUCUGAUAUUGAGAUGUGGCUUUCUCGAAAUCGGACUUGAAGUCAUGCUUCAGAAGUUUCAAACUUGUCACUAUUUAUCUGGAUUCUAUAUAUAAUAGGUUACAAUGUGAGUUGAUGAUAAAUAAUUAUUUUGAUGAAUAAAUAGGUCAAAUAUCCUAUACAUGUUAUUUUAUAAUCUUUGUUUUUAAAAAUUGAAAUAACAAUAAAGAAUAAACUCAAUAUUAAAUGUGUACAUAUAAUUAGUUUUCUGGAGAAAUGCACUUCAACGUUCGCCACGAUUCCGGAAACCAGAGAGUCGUUACGCAUUUUCAGUACAAGGUACUUUUUCAUUCAAAAUAUCUAAACUGAACUACUAACCGGGUCAAAUUGAAAUCGUUGAACAAAGAGACGUUCAGAAAAAGAAGAAAA